GCUGCUCCUCAGCCUGGCACAUAUUGCACCUUCCUGCCACCCCGGGCAGUGUCUGGGCCCUCUGCUCCCCCUCCCUUCACCUGCCCCUUCCACCCACCACUACCAGCCCACUGGAGCCUGGCUGAGGCAGAGGAAAGACCAAGCCUAGAGACAUGGGAGUUCGAGGAGCAUUCCAUCUACUACUCGUGUGCCUGAGCCCAGCACUGCUGUCUGCUGUAAGGAUCAAUGGGGAUGGCCAGGAGGUCAUGUAUCUGGCAGAAGGUGACAAUGUGAGGCUAGGCUGCCCCUACCUCCUGGAUCCUGAAGACCUUGGCUCCAAUGGUCUAGACAUUGAGUGGAUGCAAGUCAACUCUGAACCCUCGCAUAGGGAGAACGUGUUUCUUACUUACCAAGACAAGAGGAUAAGUCACGGUAACCUCCCUCAUCUGCAGCAGAGGGUCCGCUUUGCAGCCUCAGACCCCAGCCAGUACGAUGCCUCCAUCAACCUCAUGAACCUGCAGGUAUCAGAUACAGCCACCUAUGAGUGCCGGGUGAAGAAGACCACCAUGGCCACCAGGAGGGUCAUUGUCACUGUCCAAGCACGUCCUGCGGUGCCCAUGUGCUGGGCUGAAGGCCACAUGUCAAAGGGCAAUGAUUUGGUACUGAAGUGCUUUGCCAACGGAGGCUCUCAGCCCCUUUCCUACAAGUGGGCCAGGAUCAGUGGGCACAGUCACCCCUACCGAGCUGGGUCCUACCACUCUCAGCACAGCUUCCACUCUGAGCUUUCUUACCAAGAGUCAUUCCACAGUUCCAUCAAUCAAGGCUUGGGCAACGGAGACCUGCUGUUGAAGAGUAUCAACGCAAAUGACGAUGGGCUCUAUCAGUGCACAGUGGCCAACCACGUGGGCUACAGUGUCUGUGUGGUAGAGGUAAAAGUCUCAGACUCCCAACGUGUGGGCAUGAUCGUCGGCUCAGUGCUGGGCUCUUUGCUCAUGCUGGCCUGCCUGGCAAUAGGCAUCUGGGGGCUCAUCUGCUGCUGCUGCGGAGGCGGCGGGGCUGGUGGCUCCCGCGGUGCCUUCGGCUACGGGGUCGGCGGCGGGGUCGGCGGAGGGGCCUGCGGCGACUUGGCUAGUGAGAUCAGAGUGGACGCCGAGGCGCCCGGGUGCAAGGCCAGCGGGCGCGGCAGCCGCGUCACCCACCUCCUGGGGUACCCGACGCAGAACGUCAGCCGCUCCCUGCGCCGCAAGUACGCGCCUCCGCCCUGCGGCAGCCCGGAGGACGUGGCCCUAGUGCCCCGCACCGCCUCCUCCGCCUGCGAAGCGGGCCCUUCCCCUGUCUACGUCAAGGUCAAGAGCGCGGAGCCGGCCAAGGGCGCUGACUGUGCGCAGGUCGAGCAGCGGUCGUGCAAGGACGGCCUUUUAGUGUGAGCGCGCAGCACUGGGCUGCGCCCCGGCUGGGGGGCGGUUCGGGGCUCUCCGCCCGCAGCUGGGGGACAGAUUCGGGCUGGCAGACCUGGCUCUCACCGGCCGCCUAGCGGCGGAGAGUUCAGGGGCAAUUUUCCUCAGAGAUGCCUAGGAGGGCAAUGCCUCCUCCUCUGAAGUUGGAGCAGGGGUUGGGGGUGGGGAUGGCGGGAGACAGAGGAAGACAGUUCACAACCCCACCCCACCCCACCCCACCCUGGCCCCGGGCUUCAGGGAGAGGAAGGGAGGAAAGCAGUCAUAUCCCAGAACCGCAGAGGUACAAGCCAGGUGUCCCCAGCCAAGGCAGAGGGCCCCCAGCCCUGGGUAGGUGGGGGUCAGGUCUGUAUUGCUCUAUGUGUGAGAUCUGAGCUCCAAGGCAACAGUGUUAGCACAAUAAAGAAGCUUAAAG